GGAUGAAGUUGGGCCUCCCGCAGUUCAACUUCCGGGUGGAAAUAUUCUGCAUGAAGUGAAAUUUGCUUGCAAAAUAAUUUGGGCGAAGUUCUCGGCCAGUUUCACUCUGUAAAAUGUCCCGAGGCUCGAGUGCAGGGUUUGAUCGACACAUUACUAUCUUCUCUCCUGAAGGAAGACUUUAUCAAGUUGAAUAUGCUUUCAAGGCUAUAAAUCAAGGUGGACUCACAUCAGUAGCGGUCAGAGGGAAGGACUGUGCAGUUGUUGUAACACAGAAAAAAGUACCGGACAAGCUUCUGGAUGCCUCCACAGUCACCCACCUCUUCAGAAUAACAGACAAUAUUGGAUGCGUAAUGUCUGGGAUGACAGCUGACAGCAGGUCUCAAGUCCAGCGAGCUCGCUACGAGGCAGCCAACUGGCAGUACAAGUACGGUUAUGAGAUUCCAGUGGACAUGCUGUGUAAGAGAAUUGCUGACAUCUCACAGGUCUACACGCAGAACGCUGAGAUGAGACCACUGGGCUGCUGUAUGAUAGUGAUCGGCAUAGAUGAGGAAUACGGUCCCCAGGUGUACAAAUGUGACCCAGCAGGCUAUUACUGUGGCUUCAAGGCCACGGCUGCCGGAGUGAAGCAGACAGAAGCCACCAGCUUCCUGGAGAAGAAAGUGAAAAAGAAACUGGACUGGACCUUUGAACAAACUGUUGAGACGGCAAUCUCAUGUCUGUCUACGGUCCUCUCUAUUGACUUCAAGCCCUCUGAGCUAGAGGUGGGAGUUGUCACAACACAGGACUCCAAGUUCAGGGUGCUGACAGAGGCUGAAGUGGAUGCCCACCUGGUGUCCCUGGCAGAGCGGGACUGAGCAGGCAGAGGCACAUGUCACCUGUUGGAUAAAGUUAGAGCAUGAUGGGAUAUGCAGUUCCCAGUUGCAGACUGGUGUUAUCUUUGUUUGCUGUACAUUUACCCCAGUUUCAUUGAACAAUAAAAGUUUUUGGAGUAAAAUAGCCA